AUGUCCUUAUCCACCGCUGCGCUCGAGCACAACGCCGAGGCUGGAAUGGGCGCCUCGGCCACCAACGAUGCUACGCCUACGAACGUGACUCUGACUGCACCGCGGGACGGUGCCGCAGUGGAAGGAGGAAAUGCUGGUGCCCUGCAAGAGAAGAAGGUUGGGGAGGCUGAAAUAGAGCCAGAGAAGGAGAGGAGUAAGGCAAAGAUUGCCAUCAUCAUGUUUGCACUGGGGAUGGCCGUAUUCCUCGCCGCAAUGGAUAUCACCAUCAUCACCACCGCCCUGCCGACCAUCAGCGCUCACUUUCAGUCGGCUGCAGGUUACACCUGGAUCGGAUCAGCCUUCAACCUCGCCGCAGCCGCCUCGACGCCGCUCUGGGGUAAGCUGUCGGAUAUUUUCGGCCGCAAACCAGUCCUGCUCGUGGCCAACAUUGUUUUCUUCAUUGGCUCGCUGGUUGCAGCGCUGGCAAUCAACAUCGGCAUGCUCAUCGUGGCCCGCGCCAUCCAGGGCGUCGGCGGUGGUGGCUUGAUCAUCCUGGUCAACAUUGUCAUCAGCGACCUCUUCUCCAUGCGCAGCCGUGGCCAGUAUUUCGGCAUCAUCGGCAUGGUGUGGGCGCUGGCGUCUGCCCUCGGUCCAGUCAUUGGCGGUGCCCUCACGCAGCGUGUAUCGUGGCGGUGGUGCUUCUAUAUCAACCUGCCUCUCGACGGCGUUGCCUUCGUCAUCAUCUGCUUCUUCCUUGAUGUGCACAAUCCACGCACCCCCAUCGGCGCCGGUCUCCGCGCCAUCGACUGGCUCGGCUCGCUCACCGUCAUCGGCGGCACUGUCAUGCUGUUGCUCGGCCUCGAGUUCGGUGGCGUCACGCACCCCUGGUCAUCGGCUACCGUCAUCUGCCUGAUCGUCUUCGGCAUCGUCACUAUCGGAAUUUUCCUCGUGCUUGAGUGGAAGGUGGCCACCUACCCCAUCAUGCCGCUGCGCAUCUUCUCGAACCGUUCCAACCUCGCUUCGCUGGCUGCCUGCUUCCUACACGGCUUUGUCUUCAUCUCCGCCACCUACUACCUCCCGCUCUACUACCAAGCCGUGCGCGGCGCUGGCCCCAUCAUGAGCGGCGUCUACCUCCUGGCCUUCGCUCUCUCCCUCUCUAUCGUCUCUGCUAGUACGGGUAUCGUCAUAAAGAAAACAGGAGCCUACCAUCCCUGCAUCAUUUUUGGCUUCGCCGUCCUCACCCUCGGCUUCGGCCUCUACACCGACAUCGACGCCGAUUCGUCCUGGGCCAAGAUCAUCCUGUACCAGAUCGUGGCCGGCAUCGGCGUGGGCCCGAACUUCCAAAGCCCGCUGAUCGCGCUGCAGGCCCACGUGCACCCGCGCGACAUCGCCACGGCGACGGCGACGUUUGGCUUCGUGCGCAACCUGGCCACGGCCACCUCGGUCGUCAUCGGCGGCGUCGUGUUCCAGAACGAGAUGCAGAAGCACCAGGGCAUGCUGACGCGCGCGCUGGGCCCGGAGCUGGCCGGCCAACUCGCCGGCGGCAGCGCGGGCGCGAACUCAGAGCUCGUGGACCAGCUGCCCCCGGCGCAGCGGACCGUCGCGAGGGAGGCGUUCGCCGACAGUCUGGCCAGGAUGUGGAUCGUCUACGUGUGUUUUGCCGGACUGGGUCUGCUAGUGAGCCUGUUAAUCAGGAGGAAGACGCUGGCGAAGAGCCAUGCCGAGCAGCAGUCGGACAUGGAGGCCGACGAGGUGAGGAGAAAGGAGAGGAAGGGCGUGAGCAGCAGGGGCAUCAGCAGUAAGGGAGAGGAUGAGAAGAGGUCAUCGGUGGGUGCCGCGAGCAGUGCGUUGGAUGUAGAAGCCGGGCUGGGCGCGAGUGCGGAGAAGGAGGUGGGGAGUGCGAAUGCGAGCGUGAAGGAUGUGCCUGCUUGA